AUGGAUUUCGCCAAACAUAAAGUCAUCGCACCAGACAUGUGUGACUCUGAUUACUGCAAAUUCUACGUACCUGUAAAGUCUGCCACAGACAGAGAACCAAUCAGCCUGUUGUCAGCCAGUCCUAUAGAGCCAGAGAUCAGCCUGUUGUCAGUCAGUCCUAUAGAGCCAGAGAUCAGCCUGUUGUCAGUCAGUCCUAUAGAGCCAGAGAUCAGCCUGUUGUCAGCCAGUCCUAUAGAGCCAGAGAUCAGCCUGUUGUCAGUCAGUCCUAUAGAGCCAGAGAUCAGCCUGUUGUCAGUCAGUCCUAUAGAGCCAGAGAUCAGCCUGUUGUCAGCCAGUACUAUAGAGCCAGAGAUCAGCCUGUUGUCAGUCAGUCCUAUAGAGCCAGAUAUCAGCCUGUUGUCAGUCAGUACUAUAGAGCCAGAGAUCAGCCUGUUGUCAGUCAGUACUAUAGAGCCAGAGAUCAGCCUGUUGUCAGUCAGUCCUAUAGAGCCAGAGAUCAGCCUGUUGUCAGUCAGUACUAUAGAGCCAGAGAUCAGCCUGUUGUCAGUCAGUACUAUAGAUCCAGAGAUCAGCCUGUUGUCAGUCAGUCCUAUAGAGCCAGAGAUCAGCCUGUUGUCAGUCAGUCCUAUAGAGCCAGAGAUCAGCCUGUUGUCAGUCAGUACUAUAGAUCCAGAGAUCAGCCUGUUGUCAGUCAGUCCUAUAGAGCCAGAGAUCAGCCUGUUGUCAGUCAGUCCUAUAGAGCCAGAGAUCAGCCUGUUGUCAGUCAGUCCUAUAGAGCCAGAGAUCAGCCUGUUGUCAGUCAGAACUAUAGAGCCAGAGAUCAGCCUGUUGUCAGUCAGUCCUAUAGAGCCAGAGAUCAGCCUGUUGUCAGUCAGUCCUAUAGAGCCAGAGAUCAGCCUGUUGUCAGUCAGUCCUAUAGAGCCAGAGAUCAGCCUGUUGUCAGUCAGUCCUAUAGAGCCAGAGAUCAGCCUGUUGUCAGUCAGUCCUAUAGAGCCAGAGAUCAGCCUGUUGUCAGUCAGUCCUAUAGAGCCAGAGAUCAGCCUGUUGUCAGUCAGUCCUAUAGAGCCAGAGAUCAGCCUGUUGUCAGUCAGUCCUAUAGAGCCAGAGAUCAGCCUGUUGUCAGUCAGUCCUAUAGAGCCAGAGAUCAGCCUGUUGUCAGUCAGUCCUAUAGAGCCAGAGAUCAGCCUGUUGUCAGUCAGUCCUAUAGAGCCAGAGAUCAGCCUGUUGUCAGUCAGUCCUAUAGAGCCAGAGAUCAGCCUGUUGUCAGUCAGUCCUAUAGAGCCAGAGAUCAGCCUGUUGUCAGUCAGUCCUAUAGAGCCAGAGAUCAGCCUGUUGUCAGUCAGUACUAUAGAGCCAGAGAUCAGCCUGUUGUCAGCCAGUCCUAUAGAGCCAGAGAUCAGCCUGUUGUCAGUCAGUACUAUAGAGCCAGAGAUCAGCCUGUUGUCAGUCAGUCCUAUAGAGCCAGAGAUCAGCCUGUUGUCAGCCAGUCCUAUAGAGCCAGAGAUCAGCCUGUUGUCAGUCAGUCCUAUAGAGCCAGAGAUCAGCCUGUUGUCAGUCAGUCCUAUAGAGCCAGAGAUCAGCCUGUUGUCAGUCAGUCCUAUAGAGCCAGAGAUCAGCCUGUUGUCAGUCAGUACUAUAGAGCCAGAGAUCAGCCUGUUGUCAGCCAGUCCUAUAGAGCCAGAGAUCAGCCUGUUGUCAGUCAGUCCUAUAGAGCCAGAGAUCAGCCUGUUGUCAGUCAGUACUAUAGAGCCAGAGAUCAGCCUGUUGUCAGUCAGUACUAUAGAGCCAGAGAUCAGCCUGUUGUCAGUCAGUACUAUAGAGCCAGAGAUCAGCCUGUUGUCAGUCAGUACUAUAGAGCCAGAGAUCAGCCUGUUGUCAGUCAGUACUAUAGAGCCAGAGAUCAGCCUGUUGUCAGUCAGUACUAUAGAGCCAGAGAUCAGCCUGUUGUCAGUCAGUACUAUAGAGCCAGAGAUCAGCCUGUUGUCAGUCAGUCCUAUAGAUCCAGAGAUCAGCCUGUUGUCAGUCAGUCCUAUAGAGCCAGAGAUCAGCCUGUUGUCAGUCAGUCCUAUAGAGCCAGAGAUCAGCCUGUUGUCAGUCAGUCCUAUAGAGCCAGAGAUCAGGCUGUUGUCAGUCAGUCCUAUAGAGCCAGAGAUCUGCCUGUUGUCAGUCAGUCCUAUAGAGCCAGAGAUCAGCCUGUUGUCAGUCAGUCCUAUAGAGCCAGAGAUCAGCCUGUUGUCAGUCAGACCUAUAGAGCCAGAGAUCAGCCUGUUGUCAGUCAGUCCUAUAGAGCCAGAGAUCAGCCUGUUGUCAGUCAGUACUAUAGAGCCAGAGAUCAGCCUGUUGUCAGUCAGUCCUAUAGAGCCAGAGAUCAGCCUGUUGUCAGUCAGUCCUAUAGAGCCAGAGAUCAGCCUGUUGUCAGUCAGUCCUAUAGAGCCAGAGAUCAGCCUGUUGUCAGUCAGUCCUAUAGAGCCAGAGAUCAGCCUGUUGUCAGUCAGUACUAUAGAGCCAGAGAUCAGCCUGUUGUCAGUCAGUACUAUAGAGCCAGAGAUCAGCCUGUUGUCAGUCAGUCCUAUAGAGCCAGAGAUCAGCCUGUUGUCACGCUGA